UCGAGACACCAUCCAACAUGAUCGUCAAGCGUCUCAAGCCAGCUCGCUACCUCGCUGGGCUAAUGUUCCUGUGGGGUAUCACGGCGACAUUCACGGCCUUUGUGAACAACUUUGCUGCUCUCGUCGCGUGCCGUAUCCUUCUGGGUACUUUCGAGGCAGGUCUGUUCCCCGGUAUCCUCCUGUACCUUACCAUUUUCUACAACAAGCGCCACAUCUCCCUCCGAAACGCCUACUUUUAUGCUACAUCUGCAGCGGCUGGUGCCAUUGGAGGUCUGGUUGCCUAUGGCAUCGGCUUUAUGGACAAUGGCGGAGAAGGUACUGCCGGAUGGCGUGCGUGGCGAUGGAUCAUCUUGAUCAAUGGAGUCCCCACCGUUCUAACCGCCUUUAUCGUGCCAUUCGUGCUACCCAACAGCCCAGAGACCGCCACUUUCCUCAGCGAGGAAGACCGCCGCAAUCUGGUCCUGCUCCGCGAGGCUGAAAUCGGCAUGACCAAGAGCGCGCAGGAGCUCCACAAGGAAGACGUCAUUGCCGGAGCCAAGGACUGGAAGACUUGGGCUUGGUCAAUCGCUCAGUACUGCAGCCACACCGUGCUUUACUCCUUCAGCGUCUUCCUCCCGACCAUCAUCGCUGAGAUGAACGGAGCGUGGAGCACUGCGACUGUCCAAGCCCUGACGGUGCCCGUCUAUGCUCUCGGGGCCAUGACCUACCUCACGUGCGCCUUUAUCAGCGAUGCGACUCAACAUCGUGGCAUAUUCUGUCUUUCCGGUGCGCUCGUGAUGAUGGUCGGGUACAUCUUCCUGAUCGUGCACAAGAGCAUAGCAUUGAGCUUCGCCGGCACGUUCCUCGUUGCAAUGGGUUGUUGGACAUCCUCUGGAUCGGCCAUGGCGUGGCUCAACACCAACAAUCCCAGGUACGGGAAACGAGCCUUUGCGAGCGGGAUGCAGAUUACGAUUGGAAACUCUGCUGGUGUUGCCGCACCGUUCCUGUUCAGCAAUUCGCAUCGUCCUGCCUAUCGCCCGGGAUAUGGAGCGACGAUCGGGUUGCUUGCGUUCGCCAGUGUGAUAUAUGUGAUCCUGCAUAUGUAUCUGCGAAAUGCCAACAAGAGGAAAAUCUCUGGCAAGGAGGACUGGAGAAUCGAGGGCAAGACAGAAGAAGAGGCCGCCGAGAUGGGAGAUCUAAACCCCAAGUACUUGUACACGAUCUGAACAGAAUGCGGGAGAGCGCAGAUGUAUUAUUUGGGCUCUGUGAAUGAAGAGAGCGCAGAUGUAUUAUUUGGGCUCUGUGAAUGAAGAGAGCCAGACCGGCCUGCCCUGCUAUGGAGCUAUGGAAAGUCGGCGUUGGUCUUGUUAUCGAGGUAGAAUAUUAUUAACGUUCUUGAACUAGGCAGGCACUGUGAACUGGUUAACAUG